AUGUACCCUAACCAAGGACCACCGCCACCACCUCCUGGACACAAGUCCGAAUACGACCAGUAUCCGUUGCAGGACACACAGUUUGCUCCACAGCCCGUGGACCGAGUCGACCCGUUUGCGGAUCCCUAUCCGGACAAUAGCCGCUCUGCGUACGAUAACCAGCCCUUGUUGCGCGACCCUCCUCAACCCUUCUACCCUCCAGACAACAGCUUCCACACGCCCGACAAUGCCGGGUUCCACCACCCUCAGGAACACGCCUCGCCGUCCCCACGUCCGCAGUUUGUAGCCCCACCCUCGCCCAACAUGCACUUUGGAGGUGCUCCUCGUCGUCAGCCGCGUCGUUACAAGACCACCCGCAAGGUCAAGCUGCAUCGUGGCCACUUGGUGCUGGACUGUCCUGUGCCCACACGCUACUUGCAAGCCGUGCCGAUGAAAGAUACCAAAGAGUUUACCCACAUGAGAUACACAGCAGCUACAUGCGAUCCCGCUCAAUUCGCGUCCGACGGGUACACAUUGCGGCAGCAGCUACUUGAACGAAACACUGAAUUGUUUAUUGUCCUAACCAUGUAUAACGAAGAUGAAGUGUUGUUCGCUCGUACGAUGCAUGGCGUCAUGAAAAAUAUUUCGCAUUUGUGUGCGCGUGAUCGCUCACGAACAUGGGGUCCUGACGGAUGGCAGAAAAUCACCGUGUGUAUCGUUUCCGACGGUCGUCAAAAGAUCAACCAAAGAACACUCUCGCUUCUGGCCUCGUUGGGUGUUUAUCAAGACGGUGUCGCCAAGAACAUUGUCGGUGAGGAUCCUGUCACGGCCCAUAUUUAUGAGUACACCACACAACUUUCUGUCGAUCCUGAUAUGAAGUUCAAGGCAGCCGACAAAGGCAUCACACCAUGUCAGCUCUUGUUUUGUUUGAAGGAAAAGAACGCCAAAAAGAUCAACUCGCAUCGUUGGUUCUUUCAAGCCUUUGGCCCAUUGAUCAACCCCAACGUCUGUGUCUUGAUCGAUGUCGGAACACGUCCCGGCCACUCGUCCAUCUACCACUUGUGGAAAGCAUUUGAUAUUAACUCAAAUAUUGCUGGUGCAUGUGGUGAAAUUCGUGCCUUGACAGGUACCGCCGGUAAGGCUUUGCUGAACCCUUUGGUGGCUGCGCAGAACUUUGAAUACAAAAUGUCCAACAUUCUCGACAAGCCUCUCGAGUCCGUUUUUGGCUACAUCUCCGUUCUUCCGGGUGCCUUUUCUGCUUACCGCUACACAGCCCUUCAGAACGACGUGGAGGGUAAAGGUCCUUUGGAAAAGUACUUUUUGGGUGAAACCUUGCAUGGUGGCGACGCCGAUAUCUUUACUGCCAACAUGUACUUGGCUGAAGACCGUAUCUUGUGUUACGAGUUGGUUGCCAAGAAAGAUGCACACUAUGUCUUGCACUACGUCAACCGUAGUUACGGUGAAACGGAUGUUCCCGACCAGGUCCCCGAAUUCAUUUCACAACGUCGACGAUGGCUGAACGGUUCGUUCUUUGCUGGUGUAUAUGCUUUAUGGCAUUGGCGUAAAGUGUGGACUUCGGAUCACUCGUUUAUCCGGAAAAUGAUGUUCAUGGUCGAAGACGUCUACAACACAUACAACAUGAUUUUUGCUUGGUUUGCCAUGGGCAACUUCUACCUUACGUUUUUCAUUCUCACACGCGCAUUGGCUGCCGAAUCCUUGGAUCCUCGACCCUUCUCACAAACCGUUGCCAACAUCCUACACAUUGUCUUUAAUUACAUCUACCUUCUCCUGCUAAUUCUCCAAUUCAUUCUCGCUCUCGGUAACCGACCUCAAGGCUCUAAAUGGGCAUACACCGGCAGUAUGGUGUUUUUCGCCGUCUUGAUGGCCUACAUGAUCUUUGCCACUGUUUGGAUCACGGUCGUCGGUGUGCAGUCUGCCAUAGAAAACUCCGACGGUACCGUCCUCGGCAUGCUUGGCCAAUCCAUGUUCCGUAACAUUUGUAUUUCACUGCUAUCGACCUAUGUCAUGUACUUUGUCUCAUCCUUCUUAUUCUUGGAUCCUUGGCACAUGUUUACCAGUUUCGUGCAAUACAUCUUCCUGUCGCCAUCCUACACCAACGUACUUAACAUUUAUGCGUUCUGUAACACCCAUGACGUGUCCUGGGGCACCAAGGGCGACACCAAGGUAGCGACUGACUUGGGUGUUGUCAAGGCCAGCAAGGACGACACGGGUGAUCAUACAGCCGAAGUCGAAGUGCCUACCGAGGAUAAGGAUAUUAACGACGCUUACGAGGCAGCAUGUUUGGAACUGCAACGCAAGCCAGAACCCGAAGAGUCACAUCGGGAUGCACAGACCAAGCAAGAGGAUUAUUACCGUGCCUUCCGUACGCGUAUCGUCACUUCUUGGAUCAUCAGUAACUUGGCUCUGAUUGCUGUUAUCACCGAGACCGCGUUCAAUGCCUUGGGUGAUUUCGAUGAGCGAAGUAUGAUUUAUCUUGGCUUUGUGCUGUGGUCGGUUGCAGUGCUUUCAAUUGUCCGUUUCUGCGGUUCGUGUUUGUACUUGGUUUUCAGAAUCUUUACUGGAUAA